AUGGCGCAAGCCCUGGACGAUUUCAGAUCCGAGCUCUCCGGGCUGUGCCUCAGCCAGGACCUAGAGCAGAACUUCAGGGCCUCCAUGCAGAGAGCGGCCCAGAACGUUCGGCUCGCAUCGGAGCAGCUGCAGCAUGUCGGAGGUGAUCCCUCCAAGCUCACCCUGGAGUUUCGCGCCGAGUGGCGGAAGCACGAGGCCGCGCUGGCGACCCUGGACGCGGAGGUUGCGAUGGCCGCCACUGAGAAGGGAGAGCUGAACGCGCUGUACUACGACCCGUUGACCCUGCUGAGACGGAAAGCGUUCUACGGCAAAGUCCUGAAAAUGCUGGAAGGCAAGGCCUUGACUCUGACCGUGGCCUCCGCCGACAUCGACAACCUCAAGGUCGUGAACGACGGCUGGUCCCACGCGCACGGCGACUUUGCCAUCAUGCAGGUGGCCGAGGUCGUGGCCGAGCAGGCGGAGGCCUGGAACGCGCAGCAGCGCGAGGCCGUUUGCGUCCCGUUCCGGUUCGGCGGCGGCGAGUUCGUCUUUGCCAUCGUGGCCCAGCAGGGCGCCGGCGCAGACCUCGGCGGGUUCCUGGAGCAGCUUCGGAAGGCGGUGGUGGAGCGGCUCCGCGGGAACUUCGACUUCACCAAGCUGGACGCAGCAAAGCGGACGGGCCGCAACGGGCGGACGAUCAGAGCACGGGGCCCAUCCAUCAGCAUCGCCGCCUCCGCGUCGACGAGCUGCGAGCUGAAGGCCGUCCCGGAGCUCCACCAGCUCUACGUGGCGGCGGCCGCGAAGGCUUUGAUCAAGAAGGGCGAGGACCCCCAAGGCGGCGUGCGGCUGCCGGUGGAGCGCCUCCAGCUCCAACAGCUGAUUGCCGGACUCCGGGGCAGCGAGGAGCAGCAAGCGGAGGCGGCAGAAAAACUGAUGAGGCUGUCUGCAAGGGCGGCCGCAAACCCGGUAGCGAUCGUAGAGGCCGGUGCUAUCCCGAAACUUGUGGAGCUCCUCAAACAUGGGACUCCGAACGUUCUGGACAAGGCCGCGGCAGCGCUGCAAAAUCUGGCAGCCUACACCGAGAACGAAGUGGCAAUCACGAAGGCCCGGGCUAUCCCUCCGCUCGUCGAGCUGCUGAGGGAUGGCGCCCCCGUGGCGCAGGAGAAGGCAGCGGCAGCGCUGCAAAAUCUGGCACGAAACGCCGGUGAGAACCAGGUGGCCAUCACGAAGGCCGGGGCCAUCCCUCCGCUCGUCGAGCUCCUGCGGGAUGGCACCCCUGUGGCACAGGAGAAGGCCGCGGGAGCUCUGCAAAAUCUGGCACAAAACGCCGAGAACCAGGUGGCCAUCGCGAAGGCGGGGCCCAUCCCUCGGCUUGUCGAGCUCCUGAGAGAUGGCGCUCCCGUGGCGCAGGAGAAGGCAGCGGCAGCGCUGCGAAAUCUGGCAGCAAACGCCGAGAACAAGGUGGCGAUCGCAAAGGCCGGAGCCAUCCCUCUGCUCGUCGAGCUCCUGAGGGAUGGCACCCUCGUGGUGCAAGCGGCGGGGGCUCUGCGAAAUCUGGCAGGCAACGCCGAGAACCAGGUGUCCAUCGCGAAGGCUGGGGCCAUCCCUCCGCUUGUUGAGCUCGUGAGGGAUGGCACCCUCAUGGUGCAGGAGAUGGCCACGGGAGUGGUGCGAAAUUUGGCAUGCAAUGCCGAGAACAAGGUGGCGAUCGCAAAGGCCGGGGCCAUCCCUCUGCUCGUCGAGCUCCUGAGAGAUGGCGCCCCGGUGGCGCGGGAGGCCGCGGGAGCACUGGCAAAUCUGGCAAUCAACGCCGAGAACCGGGUGUCCAUCGCGAAGGCGGGCGCCAUCCCUCCGCUCGUCGAGCUCCUGAGGGAUGGCAAUUUUGUGGCACAGGACAAUACCGCGUGGGCGCUGCAACAUCUGGCACAAAACGCCGAGAACCAGGUGGCCAUUGUGGAGGCCGGGGCCAUCCCUCCGCUCGUCGAGCUCCUGCGGGGUGGCACCCCCGUGGCACAGGAGGAUGCCGCGGGUGCGCUUCGUAAUCUUACACAAAACGCUGAGAACCAGGUGGCCAUCGUGGAGGCCGGGGCCAUCCCUCCGCUCGUCGAGCUCCUGAGGGAUGGCACGCCCAUGGCACAGAAGGAUGCGGCGGGAGCGCUGCGAAAGCUGUCAGGCAACGCUGAGAAUAAGGUGGCCAAACAGAGAGAAGGCACCUCAUGUGAUUGCAAGAAUGCCACGAUGCAAGUACAUUGUCUUUGCUGGCAUAGUCUCCUUCUAUGGGCUGAAGAACUUCGGCGAAGCCUGCGUGGCAGUCCAGGGCCACGCGAAGAUUGGCACUAG